CACGCUUUUCGUUCCAAGCUUCGCGACCUAUUUAGAUGGACCUUGCGCCUACUGCAUAUCGAGCUUCGCAUUCGGCCAGUGGUGGCGGCGGCGGAUGCGUGGAACGGCAGCCAAAGAAACUUUGCUCACUUUGCAGAAUUCAAGAUGAUGGAACUGUCUCACAGCCUCACCCUCAAUGAAGAGGUUCUGGCACAACUUCCUGAAGUCAAGCGACCAGUCUUUGUCUUUGAAUGGCUACGUUUCCUGGACAAAGUGCUUGUGGCUGCACAAAAGUCGGACAUCAAGCAAUGCCAAAAACAGCUGGUUGAGCAACUUGUGCGGCAGAUGCGUGAGGGUUCGCCUGGUCCCCCAACGCGUCGGAUGCUGGGCCGGUGCCUGGCAACCCUGUUCAGCGUUGGAGACACUUUUUUGCUGUUUGAUGCCGUCAACCAGUGCAAUGACAUCCUGUGUAACCGAGAUGAUUCGCCCAGCUGUUUGCCUGCUCGCCUGGCCGCCAUUACAAGCACAGGUGCUAUGUAUGAGAAGUUGGGUCGGAUGAUGGGCCGCAGCUACGAAGACACAGUCCACAUUCUCCUGAAGUCGCUUAGGAAUGCUGAGUCACAGUCACGCUGCGAGACAAUGCACACCAUGGAGAAGAUGGUGGCAGGGAUGGGCGUGGCAGCGAGUCCCGUGCACAAGGACAUCUUCAAGGCUGUGCGCCACUGCAUGACUGACCGGGUGCUGGCUGUGCGCUGCGCUGCUGCCAAGUGCUUGCUGGAGAUGGUGUGGCAUGCCCCCUUUCUCUACACAAGUGACUUGGAGACGGUGGCCUCCAUUUGUUUCCGGGCCUUCGAAGGCUCCAACUACGAAGUGCGCUGCACUGUAGCGCGGCUUCUUGGAACUGUGGUGGCCAUCACCCAACAGGCCUCUCAGGCACAGGUUGGAAAGAACAGACUGGCCAGCUUGGAUGAGGUGUUGGGCCCUGCCUCUGGUUUCCUUCGUGGUGGCAUCGGUUUCCUCAAAGGCAGCGCAGGCGAGAUGAUCAAGGGUGGCUCAUCUGUCAGCCGUGAGAUACGAGUUGGCGUCACUCAUGCAUACGUGGUCCUGUUCCAGCGACUGGGUGGCCUGUGGUUGGAGCGCCAUCUGCCAGCCGUGCUGAGCCACCUGCUGGAGCUGGUGGGCCAUCCGCGGGCCGUGCAGACACACGUGGAUGCUGUCUACAGCCGCAAGUGCGUAUCGUUUGCACUUCGCUCGGUGCUGGGAAAGAUGCUCGGAGACAAGGCCCAGGCGGCGGCCUGCAAGGACCUCGUUCAAGUCAUUGUAAAGCACCUCAAUUCGGAUGCUGUGCUAGACAGCAACAGCGGCAAGGACGGCCAGCAGGAAGUGGCGCUGAGCCAGCACAUCCUGGUCUGCGCCCUGCAAGAACUUGGCUGCCUGGUCGAGACCCUGGGCACGACUGCUGUCUCAACGCUCUCCGACUCUUCUAUAGGCUUGGUGGAGACAGUGGUGUCGGUGCUCAUUCACACUAGCCCAGCCGCACGCUUGGCAGCGGCAUGGUGCCUCCGGUGCAUUGCGACUGCCGUGCCCGCUCAGCUGACACCACUGCUCGACCGCUGCCUCGACCAGCUGGAGUCGAUGAAGUCCUCACCAGACGCGAUCGCUGGCUACUCGGCGGCGCUUGCUGCUCUCCUUGGAGCAGCACGUCACACGCCGCUGGGUCUCCCCCACAACAAGGGAAAAAUGAUCUUCAACUUGGCUGAAGACCUGCUGCGAAGUGCCUCGCAGAAGAGCCGGCUGUCUCUUCAACGAACGCAAGCUGGCUGGCUCAUGAUGGGUGCCGUAAUGACAUUGGGCCCGCCUGUGGUGCGCAGUCUGCUGCCACGAAUGCUGCUUCUGUGGAAGAACAGCUUUCCCCGUUCCACCAAGGAGCUCGAGUCCGAGAAAGUGCGGGGGGAUGCGUUCACCUGGCAGGUGACCCUUGAAGUGCGUUCGGGGGCACUAAGUGCUAUGGCAAGCUUCCUGAGACAUUGUAAGGAGCUGGCUUCUGAUGACAUCGUGCGAAGAAUAUUGUCUCCUGUCGAGUCUGCAUUGCUCAUGCUAUCCGGGAUUGGCCCCACAAUCAAGUCAUAUGGCCAGCACUUGAAGGCCAGUGCUGCCAUGGUGCGACUGCGCCUCUACGAGACCAUGUCCUUGCUGCCAGCACAGUCAUAUGAAAGCAGCUACAACAACCUGCUACGGCUGCUGGUGGCCGAGUUCACGUUGACAGAGAACCAGGCCAACACGACGACGUCACUGCUGCGCAGCCUGUGCCACUCAGACGACAGCGUCAUCUUGGGCACCUGGCUCCAGGAGACUGACCACAAGGCCAUCGAGGACCAGACCGAUGCAAGAGCCACCGCGGUCACUGCACCUCCCGUGCAUCUGCCGCAACCGCUGCUGCAGCCUCGCCAGCGCCUCUGA